GACUUGUCACAACUCAUUCCUGCCUCUCAUCCGCUCGUCAUCCCGGCGAACACAACCUGACUGCGGCCGUUUGAUCUGUUAAUCCGCGGCGCUUUAACGAGGAGACGAAUCCGCCUGGAUCAGCUGACCGGGAGGCCAGGAGGACCAGGCAAACCCGACAGUGCAGGAAAUAAGUCAUUACUGCAAUGCCCUCUCUAAAUUAGCAUCAGUCAUCGCCUGCACCAACAUGGGGGACAUGCUAGAGUUCAACGAGAUCUAUCAGGAGGUCAAAGGCUCAUGGAAUGACGGACGGCUGCGUUUCAGCAAACAGAACGUGGUUUAUAAGAGCAACAAGACUGGGAAGGUGGACAACAUCCCGGCCGGAGAGCUCAACCAGGCGCAGUGGAGGCGCGUGUGUUUAGGCCACGGCAUCAAACUCGGCACCAGCACGGGGCACAUCUACAAAUAUGACGGCUUCAGGGACACGGACUUUGAGAAGCUGUCAGAGUUUUUCAAGUUGAACUACAAGGUGGAGUUGUCGGAGAAGGACAUGUCUGUGAAGGGCUGGAACUGGGGGACGGCCAAGUUCUCAGGACCGCUGCUGUCGUUCGAUAUCAACGACAACACGGCAUUCGAGAUCCCUCUGUCCAACGUUUCCCAGUGCGCCACUGGGAAGAACGAAGUCACACUGGAGUUCCACCAGAACGACGACACCGAGGUUUCUCUCAUGGAGGUCCGGUUCUACGUCCCGCCCAGUCAGACCGACGAACGACAAGACCCUGUGGAGGCGUUCGCCCAGAACGUUUUGUCGAAGGCUGAUGUCAUUCAGGCCACAGGAGACGCUGUUUGUAUCUUCAAGGAGCUUCAGUGUCUGACACCCAGAGGAAGAUAUGAUAUUCGGAUCUAUCCGACAUUCCUCCACUUGCACGGCAAAACGUUCGACUACAAGAUUCCCUACACCACCGUGCUGCGACUCUUCCUGCUGCCUCACAAGGAUCAGCGGCAGAUGUUCUUUGUGAUCAGUCUGGAUCCUCCCAUCAAGCAGGGUCAGACCCGUUAUCACUUCCUCAUUCUGCUUUUUUCCAAGGAAGAGGACAUCAACCUAACCCUCAAUAUGAGCGAGGAGGAUGUGGAAAAACGCUUUGAGGGCAAACUCAGUAAAAACAUGUCUGGCUCUCUUUAUGAGAUGGUCAGCAGGGUGAUGAAGGCCCUGGUCAACCGCAAAAUCACUGUGCCUGGAAACUUCCAAGGCCACUCUGGCGCUCAGUGCAUCACCUGCUCCUACAAGGCGUCUUCAGGCCUCCUCUAUCCUCUGGAGAGGGGCUUCAUCUACGUCCACAAGCCCCCGGUUCACCUGCGCUUUGAGGAAAUCUCCUGCGUCAACUUCGCCAGAGGCACCACCACGACGCGGUCCUUCGACUUUGAGAUCGAGACCAAGCAAGGAAACCAGUACACGUUCAGCAGCAUCGAGAGGGAGGAAUAUGGCAAACUGUUUGACUUUGUUAAUGCCAAGAAGCUCAACAUCAAGAACAGAGGCUUCAAAGAGGUAAUUUAUGAGCAAAUUAACCCGUCCUAGUUUGUACAAUUAAAACGUUAGAGCAGUUUCCCUUUACAGAUAUUGAUUCAUGUCACCCUUCUCCUGUGUGUCUGUGUCUGUACCUCCUGUAGAAGAAGGUGGGUAUGGUUGCGGGCGCCUCGUGUGGCUGAAGGAACCCGGGUUGAUUGGUGUGGAGUGAUUUCUGAUUGCAUGGUGUGCCGCUGAUGGAUCCAAGCAGUUUCUGGAGGGAUAAUCUUGUCAGAUUACUUGAUGAAUCUCAAAUGAACUAUUGCUAAUCAUGAGCCGUGUGGAUUGGAGGAGUGUGUGUGUGUGUGUGUGUGUGUGU